AAGAUGCAGCCAAAAAUCCAUUCUCCAUAUUAGCUCAGCUAAUCUGAACAUUUAGCUCCAAUAAGUAAUAACAUAUCAACUCAACAACAAAAACAAUCUCAUCUUCUCACUCUAAAAACUCUCUCUCUCUCUCUAAAAACUCUCUCUCAUACUUGUUUUUUUUUUUCUUUUCCCAUCCAGAAAUAAUCGCCGGUGACUUUUCAAUCUGCAGAAAGGGGGCUUCUAAAGUUCUUGAUCUGCACACACACCAAAAAAACACGCACAACACACACUAUACUGUGUGUGUUCAUCUUUCCUCUUUUUUCAUUGGUGGAAAAAAAAUAAAGUGUUGAGAAUUGAGAAAUGAUGGGUGUGAAUGUGAUGAGUAGCCGGUGUUCCCACACUUCCCAUAUCACCGAAAUCAUAAUCACAAGCUUCUUUCGCCAUAAAUUUGAGUCUUAAUUUUUCUUUCUUACAACACCUCUCUCGCUAUCGAUUCGGGUGAAAGGAAAAAAAUUGGAAGGGGGCAAGUGAGAUUUAAUUUUGUAAUACCUGCAAAAAAAUAAAAUAAACAAGAGGUCGUAAAAAAAAUGGCGGAUUCUUGAAAUAAUAUUAGUAUUUUUAAUUUGUGUAGCUUUUGAGUGAGAAACUAUUCCGAUUAUGGGGAAACGGGGGAUGGUCGGCGGCGCCGGCCGCGGCGGUGGCGGUGAUGAUGAAAAUCAGAAAGUCAAGGUUUCUUCCGGCGAACGGCCUCUUGAAUCUGUGUUUGCUUCUGCUCCGGCGAAGUGUUAUCUUGCUUCAGGCUCGAGGACAAUGCUGAGUUUCGGGGUAAACAAAUCAGGAAACUCGUUAUUCCAAUCUUUCGAUCAAGAAGAGAAUAUUGGAGGUGAAUACUUGGACGAGUAUUUCGGUCAACCGGAGAAAAAGAGGCGUCUUUCGGUGGAGCAAGUAGAAUUUCUCGAGAGGAGUUUCGAGGCGGAUAAUAAACUCGAACCGGAGAGGAGGGUCCAGCUGGCGAAGGAGCUUGGCUUACAGCCUCGUCAAAUUGCGAUAUGGUUCCAAAACCGCCGGGCCCGAUGGAAGACGAGGCGGGUCGAAACGGAUUACGAGACAUUGCACGCUAGCUUUAAGAGCUUGAAAAGUGACUACGAUAAUCUUCUCCUGGAGAACGAGAUGCUCAAAACCGAGGUACUUCGUCUGAAAGAGAAUGGUCUUGACAACGGCACGGAGAAAUCAAAUUUAAAAUUCUCCGACACUAAAGAAAUCUCCCAAGCUAUUCCGAGAGAAGCCAUCGAUGAUUUGAUUUCCGAAGACGAUGAAGCGAAAGUGUCUUUUAAGAACGAAGAACAAAGCUCGGCAAAGAGCGAUUCGACCAAUGAAGAGAGUCCCCUUUUGACCAAUGGGGUUAGCUCAUUUCAUGAUUUCAUCGAACCCGAUCACUCGGAUAUAUCGCAGAACGGUGAAGAUGAAUUGAAGGAGGAGUUUUUUCAGCUCGAUUAUAUGUUUCCUAGGAUUGAAGACGCUCGUUAUUAUGGAUUUCCAGUAGAAGAAGAUCAUGCUUUCGAUUUCUGGUGAUAUAUUUCUUUAUUCCUAAGGUAUUAUAAUAUAAUUAGUAAUAAAUGCCCGACUAAACCAAUACAAAAGAGCGUAAAUAUGGCGGUCUUGUUCUAGCCGAACGGUUUGUUGUUCCUUCUUUCUUGUGUUUUUCGAGGACAAAAAAUCGGAAGUUCAACCCUUGCCGACUAAAAUCGAAGAAGAAGAAGAAAGACUGAGAUAUUGAGUUUGAAUCUCAUCAUGUGUGUAGGUAUUAAGUCUACUUCUAAAUAAGUUGUUUAUUUGUAUUUUAUUGUUUGAUGAUUUUGGAUUUGCUUUUAGUAAUUGACAUUGUUAAUGUUAUGUUGUGAUGUAUUAUUCAUUCCUUUGAAGGAUUCAUGUUUUGUGAAUUCUUUCAUGUUUUU